AUGAAGGAAUCCUCGGAUGCAGCGUCUCCUUCUUGCAGAGGUAUAUCCAAGAAACCUAAUCUCCGAAGCUCCAAGGUCCAGACACCAAGCCCAGUUCAGUUUAGUUCCAAGACGCCGGACAAACAGACGCAGCGGAUCCGCAACCGUGGCGUCGCGCUCUCCGUCGCAGACAUAAAAAAAGUUGGCAAGGGUUUGCUGGAUCGGAAGCGACACAGUGAAACGACAUCGUUGCCGCAGAGCAAGAAUGUGAGGAGGCAGAUCUCACUGUGGCCUUCUUCUCCCAGUAAAUCCAAUAUUACUGGCGAUGAACCCUCCAAGCUUCCCGAAAAAUAUGAAAUUUUGGAUCAGUUCUUCGACCGGUUGGAUACUUUAAUUUUAAUGUUCCGUCGGAAAGGGAAGACUCAAUCCUUUACAGAGAUUAGUUCUAGAAUCGAAUCUUUAACAGACAGGAGGUUUACUCACGCACAUCUAGCGCAGUUGAAAUUUAUCUUGCCUGAGGCUAUUGUUCUGAAGAAGUUUCUAGUGCGUGAUGAACGGACCAGUUGUAUGAAGCCGGAUAUUCACAUCUCUUUAAACCCUGAGGCGGUAGAGUCUGAUGCGAAGGUGCCCCCUCAACGUGGGAGAGUGUCAUUAAAGAAGUUGUUUCACGCACGGCUAAGAGAUUUUUGGGAAUCUCAUCCUGAGGUUGAUGAAGUUCCAGAAGGAACAUUGCCUGAGCCAUUUAAUUGCCCAAAGAAAGUGAACAAUUUGGAAACACGUCUCCCAACAAAAUUGUCACCCUGCGUGCGCUAUAAUGACAUUGUUAAUAAUGUAGAGUCUGUUCACGUGGAUGAAAAAAUGUCUGUACCUGUCAAGAUAUCAGUUGAAUUGCCAAAUGAACAUCUGGCAGCACCUUCUCACAUUGCUCCAUCCUUUAGAGCCCGAUUUUCUUUGAAAUUUAAUCAAAAUGUUGCAGUUAAUGUGCAGCAAAAUACUCAAAUAGAUUCAUUACAACCUUCCCCUUCCAAGUUGGCUUCAGAAGCAGCUAGCAGUUCUCCAACAAUUUUUGCUUCUCUGGAAUCAUCCAGUGCUCCCGCUUCUACUCCUAGCAAAACCAUCGAGUACAUAGAUAACGAAGAUGGAUCUCUCGAAGCCAUGGCAACUCAAGCAAAGAAAAUCGACGAGUGCACAGAAAACAACGAUGGUUCUCUGAAGAGCAUUGAUGCCCUGUCAACUCCGGCAAAACUUGUUUCUACUCCAAUUAGGUUGAUGAGUGCCACACCUGCAUUGCGUUCACCCAAAAGACCCCUUGUGAUGACCCCAGACGACCUCCCUAUCAGUUCUUUGAACAAGUUAGCUAGGCGUCCACCUCGCUCAAGGUCAUUGAUAUUUGACACUCCGGUAAAGAAUAAGGAGGUUGUGAAUGAAGAUAAUACCGGUGGCUUAGCAAUAGAUGAUGAUGUUUUUGACAUCCUCCCUGGAAAACUUAUCCAAUCGAUUAGAGAAAAGGAAAGAAUGGCAAUGGAGGAAAGAGACCCAGCUAUCACUCAAGCAAAGAAACGGAAACAAAUUAUAGCCAACCUCCCCAAGCUCUUUGACAUGAUUCGUCAAUUGCUUCGACAGCGGAAUUGUAUCACUAAAGCGGAGCUCGUAAGCAGGAUAAUCUCAAGUCACAGCGAUAUUGUUGACAGAAGCGAAGUUGAAGAGCAGCUAAAUUUGUUACAAGAACUAGCACCCGAAUGGAUUUCGGAGAAGCAGGUCUCUAGUGGGGAUUUGCUAUUAUUCAUAAACAAAAUGUUGAGCCCUGAAACCAUUCGAGCAUCUCUUGAAGAAGCAGUAUAG